CCAUGGGCAACGACGGUGGUUCCAUUCCGACACGCCGCGAACUUGUUAAAUCAGCAGCUCGGACACCAACAGUAAGCGAACUCAAGGCGACUGCCCUUGAAAAUCUCAGUCAUGCCUGGGCGCACGACCCUCUGACAUCGGAGCCCCUCGAUAUGGAAAAUGUGGUGUCUGAUUGGCGCGGGCGCCUCUACAAUUACGAGUCGAUCCUCAAGGGACUGAUGCCAAGCGGCGAAGACAACAACACCCCAACGCGCGUGGAUGGUGAGUCGUCGGAAGUGACGUUUACGUCGACGGGCAUCAAAUCACUGCGUGACGUGGUCAAGCUCAAGUUCAAGCGAUAUGCGUCGCCUGGAGCAAAAGAUCGAGAGGUUUGGGCUUGUCCAGUAUCGCUCAAAGAACUGGGGCCUUCGACAAGGGCUGUGUACCUGGUCCCGUGCGGACAUGUAUUCGCUGAGGUGGCCAUCAAGCAAAUCCAAGAAGACCUCUGCCCGGAAUGUAGCGAGAAGUUCCAGGCUGGAGACAUCAUCCCGAUAUUGCCGACUGAGAAGGCGGAUCUUGAGUUCCUCGCGACUCGGAUAAGCAAUCUCAAAGCCGCAGGGCUCACACACAGCUUGAAGAAGGAUAAGAGCAAUGGGAAGAAGAAGCGCAAGGCAGAAGGCCUAAACGGGGGUGCAGAGAACGAGACAGAAAGGCGGAAAGAGUCUCAAGAAAACGGGUCGACGGCCGCGUCAGCCUCGAAACUUGACACUAGCAGCCGAGUGAGUGGCAUCAACAAUGCGAUGACAGCGUCGCUCACCGCGAAGGUUUUGGCAGAGCAGGAGGAGCGAAACAAACGACGUAAACUGGCUGCGGAGAUGAAAUGAGUGUCGAGGAUUGGCCUUCUCUG